AUGUCCGACACGGAGCAGUUGGACGACCUCGAUGAUGUAACCGCCGAGACCAUCACCCGCUUCGAGAUCCUGGACAUCCAAGACACGACACCUGCGCCCCCAGUACCAGCGCGCCAAGGUCCAGCCCGGGAUGAAGCACUCAAGGCACAGCAGGAGCAGACUGCCCGCGAGGUGCAUCGUGUUGAGCUCCUCCGCUAUCGCGAGGUGCGAGGCUUCGCCAAUGCUGACUUCCCACAUGUGCCCAACUUAGCUACCGAUGAGGACACUGACGACCAGGUCGAGGAGGUUGUCAAUCGUGUCGUCCCGGUGGUGUACGACUGCACCUCGUGUGGCGACGAUCACCCACUCGAGAAUAUGUUGGUGGCACCGUGCGACCAUCGGUUCUGUGCCGAGUGCCUCGAGUCGCUGUACCGCGCCUCCAUGAAGGACGAGACCCUCUUCCCACCACGGUGUCAUGGCGCACCAUUCCCAUACGAAGAUGCCAGUCGCCUGCUCAGUCCCGAACUUCGAGUAGAGUUCUCAGCCAAGAGGGAAGAACUAGCAGACAGGAACAAGCUGUACUGCAGCGUCCCAACAUGCUCUGCGUACAUACCUGCGGGCGACCGCUCAGGCCGCACAGCAGCGUGCACUAAGUGCGGCAUGUCAACAUGUACCGACUGCAAGCUUAGUUAUCGAGGUCACACCGCAGUCUGUCCCCGAGACCCGGACACAAUGGAUGUGCUUUCUAUAGCUCAGCGGGAAGGAUGGAGGCGUUGCGACUCAUGCAAGACCAUGGUCGAGCUCAACACGGGAUGUAACCACAUGACCUGCCGCUGCCGCCACGAAUUCUGCUAUCUCUGCGGCGCCACCUGGAACACAUGCGAAUGCCCUCUAUUCGACGAAGACCGCCUACUCGAGCGUGCACAGGUCAUCGUCGAUCGCGAAGCUGAAGGUGGGGAAGCGGGUGAUGCUGCUGCUAUGGCUGAUAACUUGCGCGAGCAGCAUGAAUGUGGGCAUCAAAACAUGCGCUGGGUGGGGGGUUCGCAUGUCUGCGAGGGCUGCGGCGAUAACAUGAAACCCUUCAUCUUCCGCUGCCGUCAAUGUCACACUCAGCUGUGCUAUCGCUGCCGGCAUCAUCGUACUUGA